UAAAAAAUAUAAUCUUUUAUAUUUUUUCGAUUUUUACAAGAAAUAUUUUAAAAUGUAGACAAAUUAAGAUUUUUUUUAAUUUAUUAGUUUGGGACGAAACAAAAAAAAGAAGUAUUAACCUUGAACAGCAAAUUAUGAAAAGAGGAAUUUCCAGGUGUGGUGAUCUAAUAUACAUAAUAUAUAAUAAUAUAUAAGUGUAGAAGCAUGUAAUUUAUCAAACUUGUGCUAUUUACUUUUUGCUCUGUAUAACAUAGCAGAAUAAAAGAGUAUUUAAAAUAAAUUAUAUCGAAUAAAUAAUUCAAUAAGAUAAUCAAGCUAGAUAGAGAUAGUUUGUUUAUUUCUUUUAUCUUGAAUAUUGACUACGAUGCAAUGUAGUGACUUAACAGGAAAAUCCAAUGUAUUUGCAUAGGAAUUUUUAUAAUCGAUCAUCUUGCAACACUGAUUAGUUGCUGUUACUACUUGCUGUUCGCCACUCAACUUGUCUGUAGCUCAACUAUAAAAGUACGCGAACAAUUCUUUUCGUUCAGGAAAUUCUUGAUCUUGUUACAUUAAAGAAAUUUAAAUAAUAAUAAAGUUUGAAAAAGAACGAAAGAGAGAAAGAAAAAAUAAAAGUGGAUGUAUAAAAGAUAUAAAACAAAGGCGAUUGAUUAAUCAAAAUGUGGUUGUUUUUUCUAAUAUUAGCUAUUGCUUCGAGUAGGAGUGUAAUCGCAUUUCCACAGAACGAUUUAACCAAUUUGAACAAUAUUGAGAUUCAAACGCUACCUACCACAUUCGAAGUAGAUGGAUUUAUUUUUGAUGGACCAGCAAAUAGACCAUUACGGCAAACUUCCACAACUGUAACAACUACUUCUACAGCAGCUACUGUUGAUCCUCAAUUCGAUCAGUGUGUUGCAACAUGUCGUACAACACCCGAAUAUAAUCCUGUAUGUGGAACAGACCAAGUUGAAUAUAAAAAUCCUGGGCAACUAAGUUGUGCAUCUAUGUGUGGAAAAGAUGUUUCAUUAAGACAUUAUGGACGUUGCACGACUACGAAAAUAAGAGGAAGAUAAUGAUAAUAGUUUGAAUGUUUUACUGAUCAGGAAUAUUAAUAUGCAAAUUAUGAAUGUUCUCUGUUUAAGAAGACUGUUUUAACGCAUAGUUGCGUAAUUGUUUUUUCGUCCUUGUUUCAUUUUUAAUACAAGUUUUAAUUGAAAA